UUAACGUUUAUUUCCUCAGCGGAUACAAAAGGAUGCAAAAUAUCAGUGGAUGCUGCUACAUCCCUCGGUAAACCUCAAUAUAACAACCAGCCCCGGCAGCCUACCUACAGCUGCACGCCUAGCAGCAGCAGCUCCAAUCAGUAUGAAGUGCACGUACUAUCUGUUUACGAGGUUAUCAACAGACGUCCCCCGACCGCUGGUGACGCUACUGUUAACAUCUUCAGCGGUGGAAGGCCCGACAGACCUCUUGUACUUGUACUUGUAAGUUACGAACCUGUAAAUUGGAUCCUCAAGCUACCAUCUGACGUCACAAUAAGUAGGGUGAUACUGGUACGUACACAAAAGAGACAAUUAUAUGAUAAAUAAAUCAUUUCGACAGAAGGGUCACUUUAAAAACCUUCGACGUUCAACCUUUUCACUUUAUAUGGAAACAUUAAUCUCCCGACUCAAAAAUUAACACCUGAACGACUGUAAAUGUGCCUGCAAAACUAUUCUUUGUAUAUUCUUCGCUAGUAUUCGUUUUGUCAAGCUAUAAGUUGAUCAUGGGGGUUUUUUGGAGAACACGCCAAAAGCUAAAUUGAAUGUGGAAAUACAAAAUGAAAAAAGGACACAAAUAAAACAGGUUUAUAUCUUUGUUUCUCUCUUUAAAGGUUGCAUACUACGUGGAUAAAAGUUCAGUCAGUGGAGACGUAAACCAAGUACAGGCGAUUGAACGAAAGAGUUACCGCGACUCAUGGCCGACAGGAUUUGGUAGUGAUUCAGGCGGUGGAGAUACAGUUGGGCUUCUAAAGUAAGAAAACAGAAAAAGGCAUUGAAUGUUUGAAAUAUGCCGCCUAACCCCCUUGCCUCCUCGGUGCUGCCGUCCUUUUCACUACAACUGUCGUAAGGAUUUUAAAGUCAGCCUUAAUAGCGAGGAGUGAUUUAUAUUGGACAAUCGUCUCCAUUAAUUCACUGUGCUUAUACAUAAUAUGUCUUUACUUUUAGGAGGGGGGGGGGGGUCGCUCGAAACCUGCUAGCCUCUCUAGUGGUACCGUCCAUACCAAUAUCUGAUAUCGCUCCUUCGGAUCUUAGACUCACUGCGUCUUGAUAGCGAGAAAUGAACGAAAAAUUAUUUGCAUUAAUCUAUUGACUAUUUAACAGUGGACUGAUUUCAUUGACCGGCCAUAUUUGAAUUUCUUUUUACAGGAAGAUUUAUGAAAAGUUUGGUGUGGUGACGUCGUUUACAAGCACUUACAAAGCAGAUAAAUGGUCUUUGAAUCUACGUUCUUCAAAUGGUACCUAAUUGAUCACUCUAAACCCAAUAUUAAGGAUUAUUGGCUUUCUGGCAGGUUUGACUAUGAGGACAUCACUGAAAUUUUUGAUCGGCGCAAAGCUGUCCGUUUUUUGAGAUAAGAAUUUUUGUUUCCACAAGAACUGACAUUUAGAAUAAAAAUAUAUAAUAUUUAAUUUCUCUGGUACAUCUGCCUUGAAAGCUUCAGACGAGGUUUACAAUAUAUCAAUUUGAGGUAAGCUGACUGGGUAGUAUCUUUCAUUUCUGCCGUCGCCUUUUAGGAAUUACCUUACAGGUCAGGAUGAGCCGUUGAAUAACAAUUGCUUGCACCCAAAUGUCCUGAUACUGACGGCCACAUCAUACAUGAUUUGCUUUUGUCUCCCUCUAAAAAGGGUCGGGGUCUAGCAUCGUCGGUAACAGCACAUCCUCUGCCAACACCGUCAUCACCAGCACCACACCUACCACCACCAUACCGUCUACCUCAUCCACAGCCAAGCUGCAUCGCAAAAAAUGUUACUGGUGGAACAAUGGCUAUCACUGCUCCGGCCUAUAUGGCACAAAAACAGCUACCUGCAUCGAUGGGUACUGCGUCUGCUCUUUCCAAGACUAUGAUUAUCAUACUUGUUUGCGUAAGAUUCCCUUUGCUGUUUCUUUUUAUUGUGAAAUUUUCAAUAUGGACGGCUUCUGCCAAGAAUGGUUUUGUCCAGUAUAACAGAUUUCAGAAUCUUUUAAGGUAAAUGCAUUGACACUCAACCAUAACGAUGCAGGCUGAAGUUUACGUACUGGACGAUAUAGCAAUGACUUCAGUAGCCUUGAACAGUCUAAUUAAUCUUGAAUUCUUCUGUUUCGCCAUGUUUUGCCGGGACCUUUGUAAGAUCUCAACAUGUAUUGCCGUUCUUUUCUUUUUUUAAUAUGUCCUCAGCUGAUACAAAAGGAUGCAAAAUAUCAGUGGAUGCUGCUACAUCCCUCAGCAAACCUCAAUAUAACAAUCAGCUCCAGCAGCCUACCUACAGCUGCACGCCUGGCAGCAGCAGCUCCAGUCAGUAUGAAGUGCACGUAUUAUCUGUUUACGAGGUUAUCAACGGACGUCCCCCAACCGCUGCUGACGCUACUGUUAACAUCUUCAGCGGUGGAAGGUUAGACAGACCUCUUGUACUUGUACUUGCAAGUUACGAACCUGCAAAUUGGAUCUUAAAGUUACCGUCUGACGUCACAAUAAGUAGGGUGAUACUGGUAAGUAGGCAACAGAGACCAUAUAUGAUAAAUAAAUCAUUUUGACAGGAGGGUCACUUUAAAAAUCUUCGACGUUCAACCUUCUAAUCUAUUUGUUGAAACCUUAAUCUCCCGACUUAAAAGUUUACAACUAAACGACUGCAAAACUAUUUUUUGUAUAUUCUUUGCUAGUAUUCGUUUUGUCAAGCUAUAAGUUGAUCACGGGGGUUUUUUGGAGAACACGCCAAAAGCUAAGUUAAAUGUGGAAAUGCAAAAUGAAAAAAGGACACAAAGAAAACGGGUUUAUAUCUUUGUUUCUCUCUUUGAAGGUUGCAUACUACGUGGAUAAAAGUUCAGUCAGUGGAGACAUAAACCAAGUACAGACGAUUGAACGAAAGAGUUACCGCGACUCAUGGCCAAGAGGAUAUGGUAGUGAUUCAGGCGGAGGAGAUACAGUUGGGCUUCUUAAGUAAGAAAACAGAAAAAGGCAUUGUAUGUUUGAAAUAUGCCGCCUAACCCCCUCGCCUCCUCAGUGCUGCCGUCCUUUUCACUACAAUUGUCGUAAGGAUUUUAUACUCAUCUUGCCUCAAUAGCGAGAAGUGGUUGGACAAUCGUCUCCAUUGAUCCAAUGUCCUUAUACAUAGCAUGUCUUCUCUUUUAUGGGAGGAAUUCGUUCGGAAGCUAUUAGCUUCUCCAGUGAUACCGUCCAUCCCACUAUCUGACAUCUCUCCGUCUGAUCUUGGACCCACUGCGCCUUGAUAGCGAAAAAAGAACGAAAAACUGUUUGCAUAGAUCUAUUGUCUAUUUAAAUAUGAAGUGAUUCCAUUGACAGGCUAUAAUUAAUUUCUUUUUACAGGAAGAUUUAUGAAAAGUUUGGUGUGGUGACGUCGUUUACAGGCACUUACAGAGCAGAUAAAUGGUCUUUGAGUUUAAGUUCUUCAAACGGUACCUAAUUCGUUACUAUUAACCCAUUACUAAGGAUUAUUGAUUCUCUAGUAGGUUUUGCGAUCAGGAAAUCGCUGAAAUUUUUGAUCGGCGCAAAGCUGUCCGUUUUUUGAGAAACGAAUUUUUUUUCCACAAGAACUGACAUUUAUGAUAAAAAUUGAUAAUAAUUUCUCUGGUACAUUUGCCUUGAAAGCUUCAAACAAGAGGUAGGCUGACUGGAGAGUAGCCUAUAGCAGCUGCUAAUAAUCUAUAUGCAUCCAACGGUGGAUGUAAGUAAAACAGGCAAACCUUCGACUAUGACCAGGGUCAACGCCUCAUAUUCUUUUGGAAGAGUAAUCUCCCUUCCAAAUUUUGAAAAUGCAGGGGUGAACCAUACAGUACCAAGUGCUUAAAGUUACCCCCGAAUGAUUAAUAGAUUUUCCCUCACUGAGACGAGUUAGUUAAUUGCACUGCAUGAUCUCAUCAGUUAUUUUAAGAGCAUGUUUGUACGUAUGGUUUUUAUAUAAACCUGUGACCUACCGCUCUGUAACCUUGACAUAACUAAACAGUCGGAGGACAUCGAUCAAAGUAGUUAUGGUCUUCGAACACUGAUAGACUGUAGUGGGAUGUUAGAAAUAAUAUAUAUUUAACGGAACACUAAAAUGCAAAAAACAUUUUGCAUCUUUCAUUUCUGCCGUCGCCUUUUAGGAAUUACCUUACAGGUCAGGACUAGGCGUUGAAUAACAACUGCUUACACCCAAAUGACCUGAUACUGACGUCCACAUCAUACGUGAUUUGCUUUUGUCUCCCUCUUGGAAAGGGUUGGGGUCUAGUAUUGUGAGUAGCAGCACGCCCUCUGCCAACACCGUCAUCACCAGCACCACACCUACCACCACCAUACCGUCUACCUCAUCCACAGCCAAGCUGCAUCGCAAAAAAUGUUACUGGUGGAACAAUGGCUAUCACUGUUUCGACCUAUAUGGCACAAAAACAGCUGCCUGCAUCGAUGGGUACUGCGUCUGCUCUUUCCAAGACUAUGAUUAUCAUACUUGUUUGCGUAAGAUUCCCUUUGCUGUUUCUUUUUACUGUGAAAUUUUCAAUGUGGACGGCUUCUGUCAAGAAUGGUUUUGUCCAAUAUAAUAGAUUUCAGAAUCUUUUAAGGUAAAUGCAUUGACACUCAACCAUAACGAUGCAGGCUGAAGUUUACGUGCUGGAAGAUAUAGCACUGACUUCAGCAGACUUGAACUGUCUAAUUAAUAUUGAAUUCCUUUGUUUCUCCAUGUUUUGCCGGGACCUUAGUAAGAUCUCAACAUGCAUUGCCGUUCUUUUUUUUUUUUGAAUAUGUCCCCAGCUGAUACAAAAGGAUGCAAGAUAUCAGUGGAUGCUGCUACAUCCCUCGGUAAACCUCAAUAUAACAACCAGCCCCGGCAGCCUACCUACAGCUGCACGCCUGGCAGCAGCAGCUCCAGUCAGUAUGAAGUGCACGUAUUAUCUGUUUACGAGGUUAUCAACAGACGUCCCCCGACCGCUGGUGACGCUACUGUUAACAUCUUCAGCGGUGGUAGGUCAGACAGACCUCUUGUACUUGUACUUGCAAGCUACGAACCUGUAAAUUGGAUCUUAAAGUUACCAUCGGACGUCACAAUAAGUAGGGUGAUACUGGUAAGUAGGCAACAGAGACAAUUAUAUGAUAAAUAAAUCUUUUCGACAGAAGGGUCACUAUAAAAAUCAUCCCUUCAACCUUCUCACCUAUAUGUUGAAACCCUUAAUCUCCCCACCUAAAAAUUAACACCUUAACGACUUAAAAAAAGCCUGCAAAACUAUUCUUUGUAUAUUCUUUGCUAGUAUUCGUUUUGUCAAGCUAUAAAUCAAUAAUGGGAGAUUUUUGGAGAACCAACAAAAACUAAGUUAAAUGUGGAAAUACAGACUGAGAAAAGGUAACACAAGGAAAAAAAGUUUAUAUCUUUGUUUUUCUCUUUGGAGGUUGCAUACUACGUGGAUAAAAGUUCAGUCAGUGGAGACGUGAACCAAGUACUGGCGAUUGAACGAAAGAGUUACCCAGGCUCAUGGCCAAGAGGAAUUGGUAGUGAUUCAGGGGGUGGUGAUACAGUAGGGCUUCUCAAGUAAGAAAGCAGAAAAGUGUAUUGAGUGCAUGUCAUAUGACCCUCCCCCUCCCCGAACACUGAUACGUAGAGAAUUGAAAAUGAUGGAACAUGACUCUUGACCAAGAGUUAAAUGACGCUAUGAAGUACAGUCUGACAUAUAUUUGCUGGACCAUUUAAAGAAAUUGUGUUUUUUUUACACAUAUAUCAUAUUUUACACAUAUAUCGGACACUUUGACUGACUGACCAGGCUCCGGUUGCUCGAAGGUAGGAUAACACUAUCCACUGGAUAACAAUCUAUCCGGUCGAUAACGGCAUACGUUUUGCUAUCACUAAUCUUCCGGACAGCGAUUUAUCUGUUAGAUAGCGUUAUCCGCCUUUUAUACAACUGGGCCCAGAUCUGAUCGAAAAAACUGUCUCGAUUGAUCUAUUGAUUUGCUAAAAGAAAUCAUUAAUUAGUUUGUUUGAACAUGCUUGGAUUUCUUUUGAUAGGAAGAUAUACGAGAGGUUUGGUGUGGUGACGUCAUUUACAGGCACUUACAGAGCAGACAAAUGGUCACUGAAUUUAUCCUCCCAAAGCCAUGACAAAAAGACGAAAUCCUCCUGUCACGAGGUUAGUAACCGUAAUGAUAAGUUAAUAUCAUCAUCAUCAUCAUAUUUUUAUAUGCCUUAUUUCCACAAUACAAAAAAAUUUAUUUACAGCGGUUAUAGCUAGAAGGCGAGGAAACCCAGGAAGCCACCAGGCUUAUGAGAGAGCCACCUCACUUACAUUAAUAAAUAAAGUAAAGAAAAAGUGCUGCGAAUGUGCGGCUAGGCCAAUUCAAGGAUUAUUUAAGUAAAAACUCUUGCAUUUUCGUCUUAAAACUAAGAAGGUUUGACGAACAAGUGACUGAAACAGGAAGAGAGUUCCAAAUUUUAGGACCUUAGUAGAGAAUUGUAAAUUGCUUGAGAUUUGUACGGCACAAAUGCGUUCGAUAAUUACUGGCUGUUCUGGUACCAUAGUUGUGAAUUUGGCUAUUCGUUACCAAAAGAUUGAGAAGCAAUGGAGGCAAUAAGUUAUUUCUAUAAUAAAACAUGAAUUUGGCGAUUUCAAACGUAUUGACUUGGAAAAUAUCUAAAAUUCCUAGUUUGGAGAAUAAUAUGAACAUCAUCCGUUUAUGCCUAAGCGAUCGAGAGUGAGACUCUAUUAUUAUCAUUGCCAUCAUUAGCAUACUCGGGGAUCGGUCAUUAUUUGUCCACGGGAGGGGGAGGGUGUAGAAUGCGAUCCUCCCAAAACUCCUCUCCACCUACUGCCCCACUCAUACGAUGAAUAAGAACUGAUCACUCGUCGGAGCGAAAUUUGAAACAACUAGUUUUGUUCCAACUGAUGUCUUUUUCUAAAGUGAAUAUUGUCUUUCAGGUCGUUGAGAAGUUGAGCAAGAGGAUUGAAUUGCUGUCUGAAGAAGUAAAGAAUCAUAAGAUGAAAAUCAUCUCUCUCAAGGAAAAGCGUGAUGAGUCAUUUGCCCCUCAAAUUUCGUCGGGUGAACCCAUACACAAGAUUCACAAGAAUCUAGCUAGCAUUUUUGCGACAAUAGUACUAACAGCACAUAUUUAUUUGGUGAUGUGAACCUUUUACAUUUGAAAAAGCUGUGAAAUUAAGACGCAUUCUGCCGUAAACGUUGUAAGAAGAGGCUAAAGAUUCCAAAAGUGCUGCUAAAUUUAACAGUUGUACGUUCCCUUGCUUAAAAAGAAUGGAAACACUUACAUACAACUCUGUCUGACCACUCUGUUGCUUGUAAGUUAACUCU